CGGUGACAGUUCAGACGUUUUACAAAGCCAUUUUCUCGUCGAAUGUUGUUCCAUCUUUGGAAUGUUUAUACGACCAAUAAAGGUGUAGUUCUGUAUUGUUGACUGGAGAAAGAAGGAGUCACAUUGCCGAAACUCACCAGAGAGACGUGUAAUUAUGUUGUUAAAUCGAUUGGAAUGUUUAGUAUUGGUCGUACUAGCUGCACUCUCCACCGUUUGCGGCUCGCGGGUUCUUGAGCUCAGCGAUCGUUUCCUCGAUGUUCGGAACGAAGGACAAUGGUUCGUGAUGUUCUACGCACCGUGGUGUGCACAUUGCAAAAAGCUGGAACCGGUAUGGGCUCACGUAGCUCAGGCGUUAUACAACACUAAUAUCCGAGUAGGUCGUGUAGACUGUACCCGGUUCACUGCGGUUGCACAGGCAUUCCAUGUUAAUGCGUAUCCGACCAUUAUGUUCAUCAAAGGUCCUUACGAUUAUACGUACAGUGGUGAACGCAGUAAAGAAGAACUUAUACAUUUUGUAAAUCGGAUGUCCGGUCCACCUGUUCAGCAGGUUACUCGAGUGGAGAGUAUCGAUAUACUGAAGUCGAACAAUCCCAUUUUCUUUACCUACGUGGGCAAGCAGGACGGAAUUCUGUGGGACGUGUUCUACAGUGCAGCCGAGGUGUACCAACCACACGGCUAUUUUUACGCUACUUCAGUGGAUAUAGCGAAGCGACAUUUCGACGUCGAUACCGUUCCGGCGGCGUUGGUGUACAAGGAACGAAGCCACUAUUACUUCCCUUACUCGGACAAUUUUGAUCUUGUAGAACCAGCACAUUUGAACGAAUCUCUAUUCCGAUGGGUAAACGAGGAAAGAUUUCCGACAUUCCCGAAGAUUACACGAAAUAAUAUACAUCACGUUAUACAAACGAAAAAAUACCUCGUGCUGGCAGUGGUAGAAGAGAACAAACUGAACGAAAUUGCAGCCCACGAGCAGGAGUUUCGCGAUAUGAUGGAGAUUUUUGUGCACAAGAACAAACAAAAGUACCACAGCCGAUUCCAGUUCGGAUGGGUCGGUACACCUGACCUGGCUCAUUCGAUUGCUAUGGAUACCCUGUCCACACCACACUUGAUAGUCCUGAAUGCGAGUACUAAUGAACAUCACAUACCAGAAGACGACCCCCUGCAGCUGACACCGGAAGCAAUUGAAAUAUUUCUGGAUAGCAUUCACAAUCAAACGGCCCCGGCAUUCGGAGGAAAUUCACUUCCCGUUCGUAUCUACCGGGCCUGGUUCGAGGCGAAGACAUCGCUAUACGACAUGUGGGUUGGAAACCCGGUGUUGACAUCGGUGCUGUUUGGUUUGCCGUUGGGCUUUCUUUCACUAAUACUCUAUUCGGUAUGUUGUGCGGAUAUUCUUGAUGCGGAUGAAGAGGAAGAAGAGCCAAAGCAUGAGAAGAAAGAAUAAUAAGGGGAUUUAUUAUAUUGCAUGAAUCACCUAUGACCGAGUGAUAGUAUAAAUUGCAAGUCUGGGAUUGGGAUAACUUAUCUCAUGGACAAAUUGGGUGCGGACAUUCCAGCGAAUGUUUUGCCUUUUCUAACUAAGGAAAAGUGUUCGGGAGAGGGCUAAUUUUAUAGAACCUUAUCUAGUCAUUUUUAUCCAUAACAAUGUCGGCUUUGACUCAGAGUAAUGACUGUUUUUAUUUAAUUAUGUGUACGUUUAUACUGUAUGUGAAUUGGAUAUCUCUCAUAAAUUUAUAUAAAAUAUUGUGAAGAGAAUGUGUGCGUUUAAUGUACUACCAUGUAAUGAAUUAGAAAUAAUCUUGAUUCCAUUUUAUUCAAAA